UGCAAACAGGAAGAGAGAGGGAGAGAGAGAGAAGGAAAAGCACACGGCCGCACACAGAAAGAUGACCACGGUCAGCUGAAGACACAGUGUUCCACCAAGGAGAGAGGAGUCCGUUUUCGAGGGCAGAUGCACCAGUCUGGACCUCCCGGCUUCUCCUGAGAGAAACAGGAUGUGUUCUUAUCAGCCGUGGCACCACAGCAACAUCACUCGCUCCAAUGCCGAGGACCUCCUCUCCAAGGCAGCGAGGGACGGCAGCUUCCUCCUUAGAGACAGUGAAUCCAUAGUGGGGGCCUACGCUCUCUGUGUGCUGUACCAGAACUGUGUGUACACGUACAGGAUCUUACCCAAUGAGGAGAAGAAGCUAUCUGUUCAGGCUUCUGAAGGAGUCCCCAUCCGGUUCUUCUCCGUGCUCCCGGAGCUGGUUGAGGCUUACUACAGCCCCAACAUGGGCCUGGUGACACACCUCCAGUACCCUGUCCCCAAGGAGGAGGAGCCGGAGGAGGAGCCAGAGCAAGUCAGCUUGCCUCCUCAGCUGCCGAGGAGAAACUUUGGUCUGUCGGCCAUCGAGGGGAAAGAGGGAGGCUCGGCUGGGGACGCCAGGGGGGCAGAUGUGACCUCCCUGUCCCUGACAGACACCUACCUGCAGAGACUGCAGCACAUGGACAUGAGCCACAUUCCAGACGACCACCAGAAGGCCAUCCAGGACUACUUCAGGAGCUCCCUGAGCCUCGACGCGGACCUAGUGCACGGGGGGAACCCCAGCCUCCCCCACCUGAAGAAUCUCACCAUGAACAUCUGUAAGCACCUGAACAGCGAGAUCUCUCGCACCCUGCCAACCCUGGAGACCUUUCAGCAGGUCUGGGAUCAGCAGCUCUCCCCAGGACCUGGUCGUCUCAGGAGUCAGCUUUCUGCUGACUCAAGUCAAUCAGUAUCCUUCAGACUUGAACAAUUGACACAACUGCUGUACUCCAUAGAAGACAAGGCCAAAAAUGCUGUGUUUGAAUCUGUCGGUUACGAAGGAGGUCACAGGAAGUCUCUCAUACCACCUGUGAUGUUUGAGGUGAAGUCGGAGUCUCUUGGCAUUUCAACGAAGAUGUUCCUCAAGGUGGACAUCGAGAGCGGAAAAGUCUACUUCAAGAAGUCAAAAGACGGCCCCGAAGACAAAUUCUUUGUUCACAACAAAAUCCUGCAGUUGGUGAAAUCCCAGAACGUGCAUCCGAAACUGGUUAUCGUCGUGGAGACAGAGAAGGAGAAAGUGCAACGCAAAGAGUUUGUGUUUGACGACUCCAAGAAGAGGGAGGGUUUCUGUCAGCUGCUGCAGCAGAUGAAGAACAAACAUUCUGACAAACCUGAACCUGACAUGAUCACUGUUUUCGUCGGCACCUGGAACAUGGGCAACGCUGGCCCUCCCCAGGACAUCUCGUCGUGGUUCCAGUGUAAGGGUCAGGGCAAGACGCGCGACGACACGGCUGACCACAUCCCCCAUGACAUCUACGUGAUCGGCACCCAGGAGGACACGCUUGGGGAGAAAGACUGGGUCGACACUGUGAAGAACACCUUGAGAAGCAUCACCAACAUCAGCUUCAAACAAAUGGCCAGCCAGACCCUUUGGAACAUCAGGAUCGUGGUGCUGGCCAAGCCUGAGCAUGAGAACAGGAUCUCCCACAUCUCCUGUGACAGUGUCAAGACAGGCAUCGCCAACACGCUGGGAAAUAAAGGAGCGGUGGGUGUGUCGUUCAUGUUUAACGGGACGGCGCUCGGGUUCGUCAACAGUCACCUGACGUCAGGCAGCGAGAAGAAGCAUCGACGCAACCAGAAUUACGUCAGCAUCCUACGGUUCUUGAACCUCGGAGACAAGAAGCUGAACCCGUUUGACAUCACCCAUCGCUUCACCCACUUGUUCUGGCUGGGGGAUCUGAAUUACAGACUUGAGAUGCAGUCCUCGGAAGCAGAGAGCAUUGUGACAAAGAUCAAACAGCAACAGUAUCAAGAACUGCUCGCCAAAGACCAGCUCAGCAUGGAGAGGACUGAGGGGAAAGUCUUCCUACACUAUGACGAGGAGGAGCUCACGUUCGCGCCCACCUAUCGCUUCGAGAGAGACACAAGGGAGAAGUAUGCCUACACUAAGGCCAAAGCCACGGGGACAAAGUACAACCUACCCUCGUGGUGUGAUCGUGUUCUGCGCAAAUCUUACCCCCUGGUACACGUGGUCUGCCAGACAUACGGGUGCACCAAUGACAUCAUGACAAGCGACCACUCGCCUGUGUUUGCAACGUUUGAGGUUGGAGUGGCGUCACAGUUUGUGUCUAAAAAUGAUCCUAAUACCACAUCUGAGGGUGCCAUAAAGUUCAUGAACUGCGUUGCCAAACUCACAACAAAGUCCAAGACCAAGUUCUUCAUCGAGUACCACUCCAGCUGCCUGGAGAAGUUCGUCAAGAGCACAGAGGGAGAGAACCAAGAAUGCUCAAAUGGAUCCAUCAAAGUUCGUUUUGGAAACCAAGUUGAGCUCACCCCCAUCAUCUCCGACCCGGAGUAUCUUCUAGACCAACACAUCCUCAUCUGCAUCAAGUCCACAGACUGUGACGAAUCCUACGGCGAGGGCUGCGUGGCGCUGCGGGCUGCAGAGUCCUCCUACACGGAGUUCAUGAUAACACUGACUCACCACGGAGAGAAGACGGGCUACCUGACGGGGGGGAUCCAGCUGCGAACCUCCGAGGGCAAACAGACCGAAAAGCUGUACGAUUUCAUCAAGGUGGGAGACGAUUCUAGCGGCAACAAAGGCAGAGGAGGCGAUCACACCAGCAAAUCGUCAUCAGCCUUUCCCGCUCCAAUUGACAUCACAAACCCCAACUACAUGGGAGUGGGUCUGAAGUGUGGUUCUGCAGGGAAGGGCUGGAGCUACAGCAAACCUCACAAAGCAAGUCCAGGAGGCGGGCCCAUGGGCAAGGAUGGGAACCAUGGCAACCUCUCUCCCAAAAAAUCGUACGACUCCACUCGAAGCCCCACAGGAAAGCCAGCAGCUGAGGAUGAGUACCCGGCCGAGAUGUUCGACAACCCCCUCUACGGCUCCAUGGGGAAGGGAGGGACACGAAGCAAAGACCCGGAGCCUCAACGCAAGGACCAGCUGGCGCCACCAGACGCCAUCUUCUCCUUCCCCAAGCCCCCCGACUCCGUGGAGCCUGACCGACCCCCGGUGCCCACUCCUCGGAACCGCUCCUUCACCUGCUCAGAGACCAAGCCCUCGCCCUCGGCCCCCGGCGGCUCCCAGCUUCACCUGACCAAGAAACCGGUGAUGUCGUCUCGUUCUGACGGGGGAACGGCAGCCAGCCGGCCCCCCCUGCCGCUGAAGUCUCGGCAAGGCCCGGCUCCAGAGCUGAAGCCGUCCCGGCCCAGAGACUACAGAGAGAGCUCGGAGAUCCACACCAAGCAGCGCCACGCACCCCGAUCGGGGCAGCCGCUGCCCAAAGAUGUGCAUCCUGACGCAGCUCACCCCCCGAAAAUGGGUCGUUCUGUGAGAUGAUUUCCUGUUUGGGCCCCUGGGUAUCACUUCCUGCUCUGCGAGUUAUAACUGUGAUUGGCUAAUGAAUAGGGGCUACAGUGGAGAGAAUUGCCCAAAAUGAACUCAAAGCGUGCAACUGUUGGUCUUCCUGAUCCUCCAUGUUGUUUAAAUCAAACAUAUCUUUAAUUUUGAUAGUCAUUACAGAAUUCCACCUAUGGUAUUGGUAACACAGAAGCCAUAUGUGAGUUCAGAAUUGAUCUUUUUCGUCUUCCGGCCUUGGUGGAUGCCAUUUUGCACACACUUCACAAAUAUCGUCUACUACUAAUCAUUUAAAUUGUUCCAUCCGAAUUUGUCUGCCUUGCUUAUGUGUGAUAUGUGACUUUGGUUACAAUAAACUAAAGGGAAUACAAAAUA